UCUCACUUCUCUGAAGAGAGUUAACCUGUGCAAGAAUUGGGGACACAAUAAACACACACACUCCCACACCAUGAAGGGUCUCUGCCUCCUCCUCCUCCUCGGAGUCCUGCUCCUGUCCGAAGGAGUUCUGCAUGCUGCUGCCAAACAGUUUCGAGAUGUGAUGAGCCAUGGAAGAUCUUCUUCUCAUGUCAGGUCCCAUAAGAAGCUACAUGGCUGGUCUCCUGAUCAAAAUCAGUGGAAUGAAAAGCUUUAUCCUUUCUGGGAAAAAGGAGAUCCUAGAUGGAAGGACUGCUGGAGAGGAGGAAAGGUGGUGGCCAGAUUGACCUCUGACAGCCCAGCUCUAGUAGGAUCAAAUGUGACCUUUACUGUGACCCUACAGUUUCCCAGGUGCCAGAAAGAAGAUAAUGACAGCAACAUAGUAUAUGACAGGAACUGCAGGAAUGAUUCCUCAGACUUUCCUGACCAGUAUGUCUACAACUGGACUAAGUGGAUUGAUGACUGUGGCUGGGAAAACUGCACAAGCAACAAUACCCAUAAUGUGUUCCCAGAUGGGAGACCUUUCCCUCAUCAUCCUGGCUGGAGAAGGAGGAACUUUGUCUAUUUGUUUCAUACAGUUGGCCAGUACUACCAAAAAACUGGAGGCUCUUCAGCAAUUGUUUCCAUCAACACAACAAAUAUCACCCUUGGCAAACAGAUGAUGGUGGUCUCUGUUUACAGAAGAGGUCAUCGAACAUAUGUUCCAGUUGCAACAGCAAGUGGCAUCUAUGUUGUGACAGACCAGAUUCCUUUAUAUGUGAACCUGUCCCAGAAGAAUGACCGCAAUGCCUCAGACUCUGUCUUCAUCAAGGAUUCUCCUAUCACAUUUGAUGUCAAGAUCCAUGAUCCCAGUCACUACCUUAAUAAUUCUGCGAUCUCCUACAAGUGGGAUUAUGGAGAUGGCAGUGGCUCAUUUAUAUCCAACAGCCCUAUUUCAACUCACACUUAUACGCUGCAGGGAAACUUCAGCCUGAAUUUGACCGUCCAAGCUAUUAUACCUGUACCUUGUGGGCCUGCAACACCUACCCCACCACUUCCUACCUCGCCAGGGGCAACAACUCAAAACUCAACCAGUGCUGCAAACAAAACUGAGUCAACCACUCCUGCUAUCACUACUGCACCACCCUAUAAUCUGGACUCUCCCACCAGUGCUGGUGUAAUGGAAGACACUCCUGAUGGAGGCUGCCAUAUUUACAGAUAUGGACAUUAUAAAACUACUAUCUCCAUUGUAGAGGGAAUCCUUCAGGUAAACAUUAUUCAGAUGACAAGUGUCCAGAUGACAGUGGCUCAAGGUGAAAACUCCCUGGUUGACUUUGUUGUUACCUGCCAAGGGAGUCUUCCUACAGAUGCCUGUACAAUAGUCUCUGACCCCACAUGCCAGGUGUCACAGAAUGUGGUAUGUGACCCCGUUGAAGUUACUGAUCAAUGCUUACUGACCAUCAGAAGAGCCUUCAAUGAGCCCGGAACCUACUGUGUAAACAUUACAUUGGGUGAUGAUGCAAGCCAAGCCCUCACAAGUGCCCUUAUAUCUGUAAAUGGAGCUCCAGGGUCAUCUUCGAGGACAGUGGAAGGUGUCUUGAUCGCCUCAGGUUUCUUGGUGGCGUUUGUCAUCAUUGUGUCUCUCCUUCUUUACAAGAGGUACAAAGAGUACAAACCUAUUGAAAGAAGUGCAGAACAAGCGGUGAACAGGGAGGGACUGAGUGUUUACUUCAACAAUGUCAAGGCUGUUCUCUUCCCUGGGAACAAUGAGAGAGAUCCUCUGCUGAAAAGCAAACCAGGAAUUGUUUAAAUCUUUAGCGUAACCUCUGAUAUUAGAGUGUAUAUACGGGGUUUAUGGCUGAACUGUACUUCAAUGGAUGACUACUUACUAUGAAAACAAACGAUUAGGGUAACCUCCAAAUAUGGGUCGGUACAUUUUGUAGCUCAAUUUAUUUAGAAAUGGAAAAUGGCUUCUUUUCAAAAAUGGAGCCAUUGUGAUUACUCACUGUUCUUGCUUAUGAUCUGGGUCACAAAAUAUUGAAUAAUAAACCACUCUAGACUGGGCAUGAUUAUUCAAUUCACCUAGGUUAAUUUGUAGCUUGGGAGAAGAGGCUAGAUACUUUCUAUCUCCUCAGUAUUUAGAUCUUAAAUAAGGAUUGCACAGUCCCAGUGUUCUAGUUUAUUGCCCCUCUGCAUGCAUCCCGCAGUCUGGGCUUUGUGGGGUUGAAAGACAUGGAGAAUAUCCGUAAUGGCCAACCCUCAGUCACUUUAUAAAACUAGAUCACUGACAUCAGGAAAACGGGUGAACAAAGAAACCCAAUCUACUUGGCUCCUCCUAAACCAACUACUAAAAGUUCCAUUUAAAAUUCUUACUGUAGUUGUUGCUGCUACCUCUUGUAGCUGUUGUUUCUACUGGUUUUGUGCCAUCUGAACUGACUGCCAUCGGCAACAGUGUGUCCUAUCUGUGUCAGAAGGAGCUGCUGUAUUCCAGAGGGCAGACAAAGAUGAGGCCCAGCAGAGUGGUGGUAACAGGAGAAAGAUUCUAUAUCAUUCAACUAUUAGUAAAGAGAACUAAGAGGGGCUUUUUUUCCACUCCUUCUCUUCAAUUUCAUCUUGCUCUCUGUAAACAGCCACUAAUUUCAUUUUGAUCCUCCUGUCCCUCUUUUUUUGACUAUUCCCUCCAAAUAAAUGAAAACCCCAAGCUGGGUAGGGCAAUAUGCUCCAGUUUCUGCUUGUCCACUAAGCAGCUGAGAAACUAUCAAUAUCUAGAAGGGUGAUGUGCCUUUGCUUGCUUACUGCAGCUGCUGUGCUGUGUUAACUUUCAACUACAAAUCUCACUUUGAUAUCUUUCUCAAGUGAUCUAAUAAAACCCUGUCUUUUAGUCACUCACUCUUGUAAUUCCAUAUCAUGGAGUUUAGCCCUGGAUGCAAUUUUCUACUUAUCUCUUAGAAAUAAAAACACCUUUCUGAAGACUGGAUCACAGGGGGAUAUCAAAAGAGGAGAGUGUCUUGUCUGUGGCAAAAAGGGUUGUUGAGAAGGUUCAAUCCUUGUGGGGUGAGAAGACAGCCGGAAAUGCUCUAAAUUCAAGGCUCUGUAUAAUAACCUGAUACCUAAUAUAACAGUUUAAGGCAGAACAAAACUAACUUUUAGUUUGGGAGUUAGUGGAUAAUUUCACUUACCCAUUUCUAAACACCAGUCACUGAAGACCUAUUAAUUGCCAACCCAACUGUGAACAAUUUUGGAGUCUCCUUUAUUCCUUCUAAUCUGGAACAUCCCUAAUACAUCUUUCCUCUCUCAGUCUCUGAAGGGCGAUAUAAACAUAACCAUAUUUUGCUGUUUUCCUGGCAGCUGUUGCCUAAUGCCCUAAAAUAAGCCCUACCCUCCACCAUACACACUUGUUAAUAAUUUGAGAAUAUCAAUAAUUGUACAAACACUUAUGUGGUUAGUGCUUUGCUUAGAAAUCUUUCAGGAUGCAGUAUUUUUUAGUUCUGCUCUGGCCACUGCACAAAUAUUAGUUAAAAAAAAAAACCUGUUGGUCACUGUCUUUCCCUCCUUAUACAUUAAAUGACUUAUCUUAUGGGCUUGAUGUAGAAAUUACUGGGUGAGGUUUUAUGGCCUCUGUUAUGCUGAAGUCAAACUGAAUGAUCAUAAUGGUCCCUUCUGAUGCUAAAAUGGACAAAUCUAGGACUCUUGCAAACAAAGUUGAAUUUAAACACACACACACUCUCUCUCUCUCUCGAAUAAAUCCGCUGUAACGUUUUCUUUUUGAUAUAUGCACUACAGUCUAGCUUCCCAUCAUAGGUAUUUGUGACAUCAAUCAACUUGAUAUCUAAGCGCUAAUUUAAUUACAACUCAUCAUCAAGGAAGAACAGUUCCAUCUCUUAAUCCAAACUAGAAGCUUUUUCAAAGUCUGGGAGUAGUUUAGUUAAACCAGUUGUGUCAAGUUGGAACAACUGGAGCACUAUGACUCUAUUUGAUAGCUAUACUUAUGGGGUCAGAUCCCAACACCUGAUAAAAGCUGAUUUAACUGGGUCAUUGCGGUUGCCUUGGUGUAGGGGAAAUCCCUACAGGGUGUAGACCUGAUGGAGCCCACCAGACCUGGCACAGGGAUUACGUUGGGGCAUAGUCAGAACUCUACCAUACUCAGUGAUUCUUGGCUGAGGAAGUGCCCCAUUGGGUAUCACUGCAACCAGGCAUAAGAUAAAGCAGCCUUUAGGCAGCUCUAAGUUACUCCAGGAUUCAAGGAAGCUAAAGGUGAACUUUGCCCAUUCCUAACCCCUCAGCUGAACUGAUUGGAGCUCUGAUGCAGCUAAGAAUCUGGCCCAUGAGUUUUAAGGACCCAAUCCUUCAAACAUUUACUAAUGGGAGUAGAAAGUGUUGACAGGACAGGGCCCUUAGUUUGCAUUUUUCUAGUACAAAAUUGAGGACUAUCGUUUGGUAGCGCAGAUGGGAGCUAAAACUACUAGUGGCACAGAAUAGGGAGUGCUGGUUUAUUUGCAUGUUGAUGGCACUCCUUUCAGAAAUUCAGCAAAUGCAACUUUUAGCCUUACAAAGAGAGUUAGUGAAAUACAUUGUGUAUAUACAUGAUCCUGCUUUUCAGGUUGAAAGAGCAUAAUAAAGAUUAUGGUUUUAAAUAAAAGUGAUUACAGAUUUAGUGACAGGAAAGAGGACAGUUGUAAUUUGUAUGCAUUUCCCUAACUUGAAACAGGAGAAAGUUUUUAAUAAAAACCUAGUAUGAGUUCA